AUGCGAAUGUACGAUGCAGAAGUUACAGACGCCCAGUUGUUAGCUCAAGGCGUUUCUGUAGACGAUAUGGAGGCUAUCACUAUUGUAGAGUCCGGUACAAUGUUUGUCGACGGGAACUCCAUGGUCCCACUGCCAUGGAAGAAGGGUGUAAAUACCGGUAUGGGAAUCUAUUCGUCAGCGCUCUCAAGGUUGAACAGCCUGAAACGACGCUUAAUUAAUGACGAAUCGCCACGGUUACGUUACGCACAAACGAUGAAGAUGACUAUAGAGAAGGGAUAUGCCGUGCCAGUCCAAGGUGAACAGUUACACUGCGAUUUCCAUCCGCGUUGUUACCUGCUUCAUCAUGCAGUACUAAACCCAAAAAUGCCCGAAAAACUGCGUAUAGUUGUGAAUUGUGCGGCAAAACACAAGGGGCAAUCGUUGAACGACAUGCUCUAUGAAGGUCCAGACACCACCGCGAAUUUAGUGGAGAUACUUUUAUGA